UUGUCUCUUUUUCAAAGCUAACUACAAAACCAACAGAAAAAGCCACCUUCUUGUUCAACCCAACACACAACACACAACAACAAAAUCUCUCCACAAAUACAACUAAGCCAACAAAAAAAUAAACCACCGCAAGUUUCACCUCCUCCGCCGCACCGGAGUUCAUAACCACCGUCAGCCACCGCGUCUUUCACAAGGUGAGAAAGAACAAACCAUAGAGCUCGAUCUCGAUUAUCAAUUUCGCAAGUAAAAUUCGUGGAAGAAACCCUAGAAAAGAUUGAAACUCUUGGAUUCUUUGUGAACAGAGUCAACACCAGAGGUUGAAAUCUUCAAAGAUGUCGUUCCCGUUCUUCAACCGUUCGAACACGGUUCACUCGUCGGCGGCAGCGGCGGAACCGUCGCGGAAGCCCUACGACCAUCUUCUGGACCGGUCCGGUUCGCUGAGCCGAUUCUACGGUUCGGUGGAAUCGGUGAAGUCUGCAGGAAGCUCGAUCCGUGGAAGGAUGGUGAAGAAGCUCUGCAACCUGUUUGAGUCGCCGAGUUCGAAACCAUCGGAACCGAAGAAGGUGGAACCGCUGCCUUGUUCGAAAUUGGGCUCGGAUUCUUCUUGCACGCUGUUCCGGUUGGCUGGUGCCGAGGACCGAAUUGUGGUGUAUUUGACGAGCCUGCGCGGGAUUCGGAGGACCUAUGAGGAUUGUAGCGCGGUGAGGAUGAUCCUGAAGGGGUUUAGGGUUUGGGUUGACGAACGCGACGUGUCGAUGGAUUGUGCUUAUCGAAAGGAAUUGCAGAGUGUGAUGGGGGAGCAGAACGUGGCGCUGCCUCAGGUGUUUGUGAGGGGCAAGUACAUUGGUGGUGCUGAGGUGAUUAAGCAUCUCUUUGAAAGUGGUGAGUUGAGGAGGGUUCUUGAAGGGUUCCCCAAGGUGAAGCCUGGGUUUGUUUGCGAGGGUUGCGGGGACGCGAGGUUCGUGCCUUGUGAGAAUUGCAGUGGGAGUAGGAAGGUGUUUGAUGAGGAUGAAGGGUUGUUGAAGAGGUGCUUGGAGUGCAACGAGAAUGGACUCGUAAGGUGUCCCGGUUGCUGUUCCUGAAGGCUUUCAUGGGGAUCAUGAAGCGCGUGGGUCGGGGUAGGGUUCGGCUGAGGAUUCAGAGCACUCUUUGAAUUAUGGUUGGAUUUGAGGUGAUGAUGGUGUUUUGCGACUUGAACUGCGUUUUGUUUUUGUUCAAGAGCGUGCCUUUUUAAGGUUUCAAAACACCCUUUGAAAUUAUGGGUUGGAUUUGAGGUGAUGAUGGUGUUUUUGCGCCUUGAACAGGGUUUUGUUUUGUUCAAGAGCGUGCCUUUUAAUGCAUAACUCUGCUAAUGAGAAUGUGUAUAUGUAUCAAUGUAUGUAAAUACAUAGUGAUGUGUAACAGUGUAAGCAGUUGCAAAUAUUGGUCAUUGUAGUAUAUGAUGACAAUGGGGAUGCUUAAAUCCCUUUUUCUAUUAUCUAAUCUAAUGUUGUGUUUCCAA